AUGGCAUCACGUCUCGUCGAGAACGUGGGUUUGGCAAUUUUGACGUUCUGUACAAAACGUGAGUAUAUUCGUUCCAGUGUUUGAAUUAAAUGAUGAUGUAUUCCUCUAAACAUGAAAAAUUAGCAAUCUAGGAUCAUUGCACGUAAUUUCUAAUUUUUUAGAUUUUUAGAUCUCUUUUAAAAUUUCUUUCAGGUGUACGAAGCUUAUAAAAUGGUAGCACCUUCGAGCAAGGCUUCCAAGUAAGUCACGAGCCACAACUGCAAAUAGUGAAUGCUGGAGUCUUCUGCAUACAUUCCUCGUCUCUUGUACCAUUGCAUUUCUCGAUUUAUUGCGUUCAUCUGCCGCUAAACUAGCACGUUUAAGCUUGAAUUAUUUAUUUUAAUUUUAUGAAACUUUGUGUGUUUUUAUACCUUCUUUUAGUUCAGUAAUGUUUUGGACAUAUGACCAUGAAGCCAUUCUGUGCAGAGAAGUCGUCAAUGUACAUCCCUACACAACUAAGAAAGGGUCCACACAAAGAAGCAGCAUGUGGGAAAAAAUAGCAGACACCUUGAACAAAUGCUCUGUGCCGAAAUUCAGAGUUGGGAAUUCUUGUUUACAAGCAUAA